GGGAACGCGUCGGGCGCCGGUGCCGGCGGAGAGGCGGAAGGUGCGUGUUUUGAAUUCAGGGAACUGUGGUACCUGCUGUCACUGAACUACAUGUGCAUUGCAGUUACAGUCUGCAGUUAGGUACAAGAAGAAUGUCAGUGGCCGCUUACUGUAUAUUUUGCUAUAGACAAAUAGGAACUUCUGGUCCAGCCACAAAAACGCACCUUCCCUGGUAUGAUAUCAGAAAAAUUGCAAAGGUAACUGGAUCACUUAUACUAGGAGGUUUUGUGUUCAUUACAUAUGAAGUCCUGUCCUUAAAGAAGUUAUUACAAAUCGAUACUCAAGCUAUAAAUCACGAAAAACUUAAAUCCUAUGUGUAUGUACGUACAACUUCUCUAAACCCAAAUGAAUAUCAAGGGAUCACAUACCAAGCCAGAAAAGAAAUCCAUAAAGCAGUGAGGAAAAUUCUAGAAACAGAAGCUAAAUUUCUCCGGAGACCUUUUAAUGAACAAUUUGGUACAUUUGAUGGAGAAGAUCAUGAAUGUGCCUUAUGGCUUCUCUUAAAGAGAAGUCAGUCAGAAGACAAAGAGGUCCGACUUCAGGCUGUACAAGACCUGGCAAACAACCACCACUGGCACGCCAGAGCUCUUGCUACAAAGGGAGCUUUGGGAGGCUUAUGGUGUUUUGGAGGAAAUGGACUUCCAUAUUGCGAGACAUUGAGUAAAAUCCCUUCAGAGACAGUGGAACUCUUUUGCUUGCAAGCUUUAGUACAGCAUUCGAAGGUUUCUUCUCACUGUGAUAAAAUUGAAGCAAAAGGAGGCCUUCAGCUGCUACAGAGGAUAUACCAGCAACGUAAAGAUUCUGCAAAAAUACAAAGGAACAUAAUUCGCAUUAUUGGAAACAUGGCUUUGGAUGAACGGCUUCAUUCAUCCAUAGUACGUGCAGGUUGGGUUUCUGUACUUGCUGAAGUCAUGAAAUCCCCACAUGUCAUUCAGUCUUCUCAUGCAGCCAGAGCUUUGGCUAAUCUAGACAGGGACACGGUGAAAGAAAAGUAUCCAGAUGGUGUUUAUGUCUUACAUCCGCAGUAUCGUAGCAGUCAGCCCAUCAGAGCAGACAUCCUUUUUGUUCAUGGUCUUUUGGGAGCAGCAUUUAAAACCUGGCGACAGCAAGACGUUGACCGGCGUUCGGAUAAAAAGGCUUCAGAAGGGGAAGAGGACUACAGCCAGUGCUGGCCAAAGUCGUGGCUGGCUUCAGACUGUCCUGCCCUGAGGAUCAUAUCUGUGGAAUACGACACCCAUUUGAGUGACUGGAAAGCAAAAUGUCCCGUUGAGGCUCACAGGAAGUCUAUUGCUUACAGGAGCAAUGAGCUUCUCGACAAGCUGAGAGCUGCUGGGAUUGGAGAGAGGCCUCUGGUGUGGGUAUCACACAGCAUGGGUGGUCUUCUAGUCAAAAAGAUGCUGGUGGAAGCUUCCAAGAAUCCAGAAAUGGAUAAAAUUGUAAACAACACCAGAGGAAUCAUAUUUUAUAGCGUGCCUCACCAUGGUUCCCAGCUGGCUGAAUAUUCUAUAAAUGCCAGAUAUCUUCUCUUUCCCUCUGUGGAGGUCAAAGAACUCAGCAAGGAUUCUCCUGCCCUUAAAGAGCUGAAUGAUGACUUCCUGUCUUUUGCAAAAGAUAAGAAAUUUUCAGUGCUGAGUUUCGCAGAAACCUUACCAACACACAUAGGCAGCAUGAUCAAACUGCACGUCGUGCCUCUGGAAUCAGCAGAGCUAGGAAUUGGAGACCUUAUUCCAGUGGAUGUUAAUCAUCUAAAUAUUUGCAAGCCAAAGAAGAAGGAUGCUUUCCUGUACCAACGUACAUUGAAGUUCAUUCGGGAUGUUUUAGCCCAAGAACUUGGAGACUGAGUUUUUGCCAUCCUUGGCUGCUGAUUUCCUCUGUUUGGUGGAACACAGUGAGUGCUUCUCCUAACAUUUGUUAGGGGAUCUGCAGAACUACAAAGAUGCUAUGUCAAUAGUAUCUGCUGCUAAAAUAAUGUUCAGUACAUCUCCAACUUAAGCACCUCUCCAACUUAUUUUGAAAACACAUUCAACAAAUACAGACUGAAGUCCUAUGGACGUGGCAAAAAGAAAAUGUGUGUUGACUUUUGUUGUGAUCUGUCAACAAAAUAUGUGUAAAUUCUCUAGCAAUUUGGCUGGGAGGGGAUGGGGCUUGGAAGAGAAGUUUCACUUCCUCUACAGAUAGCCCUCUGGAGCAACACAGCCAGGCUAUGGGGAGUACCUGGGGUGUCUUCUUUUAGCAAAAAAAAAAAAGCUUGCUUUUGAGGUAGGUGGUCUCAUUAAGAUAAAUACACAUCUGGGACUAAAGUCUUACAGAGAUGAUCAGAAACAAUUGAGUGAGAUGGUUAUUUGUUGUGUCAAAGGGGAGAAGAAGCAUAUGGCUGCUUCAAAGCUUUGGUUUACUGUCCAUGUGAAGAAGUCUGACUGGAGCCUGAAGAAAUUUAUCCAAUUGACUGAAAGUAGCAUUUUAGUCCAAUGGCCCAAUUACAGGAGGUUUUGUAAUUUGCCUUUUCAUUGAAGAGACCAUCCAGAUUUGUCAGCAGAUGUGGCAUCUCUUUUCUCUGUGAGAAAGAGAUAGGUUGGUAGGUUGUCUUGCAUAGACAACUGUAGUUGUUUUAACCUGUUUAAAUAUUUAAUCUUGUAUAAAUGAAAAAAAAAAAACAAAUGUUCACCUUCUUGUACAUUUCUCUCUUAAUUUUAGCAACUCAUGAGUUUGCUUUGUUAUGACAAUAUCUGGUCAGACUCAGGGCAGUUCUGUGCUUGUUCACGUGGAAGAGAUAAACCAGAGGCCUUAGCUCUUUGUUUUCCUCUUGGGACACACCAAGAAGAUGGUACAUUCAAAUCCCUGGCUCACGUUACUCAUUUAGAAACUACUUCUUCAGCUGAUUUAAAGAAGAGCAUUGAAAAUGCUCAAGUGGAGUAAGGCAAAUGUAGGCCCCAUGAAGAAAGCUCAGAGUUUGGAGCUCAGGUAGAGAGAAAAGUGAAGCAGGAAAAAAUUCAGGUGAUCAUAGUGAUCAUGGGAAAUGUGGAAGAUGCCAGAUGUUUUGGUUUCUUGAGACAUAAGUCUAUUUAUUGGUGUAGAUACAGAGAAAACGUUCAGUUUUGUCUUAUUUGAGUUUAUGUUAAGGAUAACUUAACAGUAUUGAUGAGAAAUAAGGAUUUUUAGGGGGAAAAAAAAAGGCAGCGCUCAGUCACUUUUUCAAAGUCUUAGAUAGUUUUCAACAUAGUUAUAAGCAGCCUAAUCUAAUUGUGGUCUCCUUCCUUCUGUUUUUUACACCUCCAACCCUUUCUUAAAACAAGCCUAGGUCAUGGUUAGGCUACACUGCCCUUCUGAGUGUGUGGUAAAUAAGGCCUGUGUUGAUGACAGGCUUAAGAGGUCUCUUAACAUCGCUUGUGUGAGAUGGAUCUAAUAUUACCAGGCUUAAAAUUGUGGCUCUGAAGGCUACCAAAGAGGUGGGAUGCUCCUUGCAGCCCUGCAUGGGCUUGGUGGUGGCCACUGCAGCCCUGCCGGGUCCUGAGGCCACCUCAGCCGUGCCCACAUGAGAACACUCCAGCUGAAAAUGCACUUCUGGAAGGUGAGCCCUGACCUGCUGGAGUUGGGUAGUAAAACUCACAGGAGCUGUAGGGAGAAGGACCAGCACCACGCUGGCAAAAAAGAGCAUUUUUCCCCCCUAAGUAAGAACCCUGCAUGGCCAUAUUUAACAUAGAAAAUACAACAAAACUCUCGUAACUUCGAAAGAGGUUUAUCCUUUUUACACGGUGGUUUAAACUUCCGAGUGUAAAUACAUAAGAACACUUUGUAUUCACAAAGUAGAGGGUACGUGGAAUUCCUUGUGAAUGGACACCACUUGUAAUAACCAAAUGUGUGUUUAGUGUGACAAAUCUGGUAUCAAUUUUAAUAGACUUCUUGGACUUUUGGGGCUUCAGCUCGAUGACCUUACACAUUAAUGGCAGUAAAAGCAUCUAUGUUUUGCUACUGUAACUGGAACUCUUGAGGUAACUUUCUCCUUUUUGUAACUGUAUGUAUAUAUGUGUCACUUUUAAAACUAAUAUUUUGAAGGGGAUGUUGUUGGUUUGGGGUUUGUUUGUUUG